GUUACUUGACACGCAGUUACAUUUCAUCUCAAUUUUAUUCAACAUCAAAUCAUUUGUCGCCGCGCCAUUUUUAAACAAAUUCGCGAAAUGUGUAGAAUUUCGAGACGUAAAAUACGAUUCUAAAUCGUACCGCGCUACUCACAAGUUUAUAAGAAAAUUGUUCACUGUGCGAUUAAUAUCAUAAGUUUGUACAAUUUAACGUAAUAUACUUAUUUUCGGAAUUAAAUCACUUGGCGUUUAUUGAAAGGACAAUUCAAGAAGAACAGGUUUAACAUUUUUAUCAACUUAAACAGAGAUAUAGCAAAUAUACUUACAAACUUUAUUUUACAAAAAAGUGAAAAUGACGGAAGAUAAAAGUUUGAGCGAGGUACUCGCGAUAAAGGACUCAACAAAAGCAACGAAAUCGAGUGAACCAGCUGACGUCGAACCGUUAAAAUUGAAGGUGUAUAAAAAAAGAUGGCUGAUGCUGGUCAUCUACAUGAUUUAUGCUGGAGCGAAUUCCUCCCAAUGGAUAGAAUAUUCGAUUAUAACUAAUAUAGUUACUAGAUAUUACGGGGUGUCUUCGUUAAUGGUUGACUGGACCUCGAUGUCGUUCAUGGCGUUGUACGCGGCGUUUAUAUUCCCAGCAUCGUAUAUGACAGACAGGUGCGGUUUGCGAUGGACCCUCAUCGUAGGCACUAGUUUAAAUUGUCUGGGUGCCUGGGUGAAAACCUUUUCCGUUCAGCCGGACAGGUUUCACAUCGUUUUCAUCGGUCACUCGAUAGUCGCGCUCGCGCAGACUAUGCUGCUGCCAUUACCAGGACGCGUGGCCGCGCAAUGGUUUCCUUCUACCGAACACUCGACGGCCACGUCUUUAGGCAUUUUCGGCAAUCAAUUAGGAGUGUCGUUGGGUUUUCUCUUAGGGCCUAUGAUAGUGAAAAACCACGAGAAUCUGGAUGAUAUCGGCAAAGAUUUGUCACGUUUAUGCCGGAUUGUUGCAAUCGUCGGCACUAUUGCAUUCGCUCUAGUACUUAUAUUAUUUCAGAACGAACCGAAACUGCCGCCGAGCGAGACGAGGGCACUGCAAAAAAUGAGCCGGACAAAGAAAAGCGAGGAAUUCGUGGCGCCGAUUAAAAGGCUGAGCAAAAAUAAAAACUUCAUCAUGCUCUGUAAUUCCUAUGGUUUGAACGUCGGCGUGCUGAAUGCCGUGGGCACAUUACUCAAUCAGAUAUUCCUCGCACACUUCGAGAAUGGAGAAGAAGAUGCUGGCAGAAUUGGCUUAGCUAUCAUUCUGACCGGCAUGGCCGGUUCCGUUAGUUUCGGUAUCAUCCUUGAUAAGACCCAUAAGUUCAAAGAAACUGCCGUGACCGUAUACUUUCUUACGUUAUGCGGCCAAAUACUGUUCGCGGUGUUUACUUGCAUUGGUAUAAAAUGGAUGGUUUAUGUGUCAGCGAUAUUUUUGGGAUUCUUCAUGUCGGGAUAUCUGGCGUUGGGGUAUGACUUGUGCACCGAAUUUACGUAUCCAGAAUCGGAGAACAUACCUGCGGGCUUUCUCAAUAUAACGACCAGCAUUUACGGCAUUAUACUUAUUACAAUAUUUGGUUUAUUAUUGAACGCGUACGGCGAUAUUCCGGUGCACAUCGGUUUGUGCUCGGCUUUACUAGUCGGUUUCAUCUUGACCGUUGUAACGAAAGACGAGCAGAGACGACAAGAUGCGAAGAAGAAGGUUCAGUAUGAAGGAACCAUGAGAAUUGAGAAAAACGUCGAUGGCGUUCCAGAAACUAAUCAGUUAACUUAUAAUAUUAAUUAAUGGACACAAGUAAUAACAAAUCUUUCAAUACUGAUAAAUUUUCGAUUACACCGGCCUGCAUGAAAAUACUUUUUCUAAGGUCCAAUUUUAUGUUGAGGCAUAUAGAGUGACCCUUACCAUAAAAUAACGAUGAUCUUAGCUGACACUAAUUUUAUUAUGUUUCCUUGGUUAACUGCCGUCAUUUAUAGAUUUUUUCGCGCAAAAUUUGAAUUUGUUAUUCACUUUUAAAAGGACCAAAAAGUAGCCAUUUUAGCAUAUUUAGGUCAAAAUAGUCUCCGAGUUCUGACGUGAUGAAAAAUUUUGGGAGACGUAUUUGGUUUCAGCACGUCAAGAUCCCUUGGAAGCGCAUAGUCUGCUUCUCGGGUCUGAAAUUUGCAGGACUGUGUUAUACGUAAUUUUAAUCAUAUUUCAAUUUCUCAUCAAAGUGUUAGUUUCAUCUAAAUCCUAUAUUUUAAUAAAGAUCUAAAAAAACAGGAAUUAAUCUCACAUUGUGCGCAGAUAUAAAUUACACGUCGUUUUUUUUACGGGAACGUAGAACCGUAAGUAUGUUACAUUUUUUUCUUUUACGAAAGGGACUCCCACCAACAAGUAAUAUGGCAUACUUUGAUAUUGCCUCUACCAUAAAAUGGAACGAGAUUACUCCGACAAGAUUAACUUUACAGUAUGGUAGGAAAAAGGAUUUAGCACCACCCAGAACGGCCUCUAAAAAUGUAAGCAAGGGGGGAUCUUGCGUAACAUUGAAAUUAAACCUUGACGAUUUUCCCUCUUAGGAAUGAUGUAUGAUCGCCAAUUUGUCGUGACUUCUACUUAAUUGUACCUAACAUUCUGAUAUAAUUCCGUUAUAUACACAUUAGAUGCUGAAUGCAUUCAAAAUGGCAAACAAUUGACACUGCAAAAAAUCUGUCGAGGUAACAUUUUACGCGACAAGUCUCUUGUUUGACCUUUUAUGUCAACGUGCGUUUAAAAACCGGUAUAAAUCAUACAUUGUGAAAAAUGAGAAAGGCAAAUAAAGUGCGAAUAUAAAUUAACAAACGGUGGCGCACAGACGCAUUCCAAUAGAAUUUAAAAUACAUUUUUAAAUAUAAAUAAAUUUAUAUUUAAAUAUAGAUGAAUAAACGGUCACAAAAUACUAUAUAAAUUUCUCAUGUUUCACGCAACACUAAAACAUGUCAUGUAAAGCUUGGAGCUUAUCGGUAAUGGUUGAUCGCGAAAGAAUAAAUAUUACAUUUAUUAACA